UGUGGAGGAUGCCGGGAGCAUCAUGUGGAAAGUGGGGGAUGAUUGUGUCGCUAAAUAUUGGGAAGAUGGGAAGUUUUAUAAUGCCUCUAUUACUGCUGUCACUGAUAAGACGUGCGUGGUCAAGUUUAAAGGGUAUGGCAAUAUUGAAGAGGUGUUGAAGAGUGACUGUCUUCCAGUAGUUAGUAAAGAAAAUAAUAAAAAACCGCAUUAUACAGGACCAACAGAAUUUAGAAGAAGUGCGAGGACUUACAGGAGGCAAUAGCCAGUCAAUUAUCAAUCACUUACUUACCUGAUGAUAUUUAUUGUUGUUUUUUACUAAUAAAUAUUUCUAAAUCA